AUCGGAAGCACUGACGAGGGCAAGUUGAUUCUGUGUGGCGCAUCAAAAACAUUAGCCAUCACACAAACUAAUCUUCUAAGUAAAUAUUUAAGUUUACCUUUGGAUGCAUCUUUAUUGUUGUCUGCCUUUUAUCUCGCAUCACAUGUGUGUGUCAUAGUGCAAAUAAUUUUCCAUUUCUACGCCACACAAUUUUGUGCGGGAUUUAUCGCAAAACUUUUCUUGUCACAGAGAAAGGAGUCUUCGGGAGGAAUUUCAGCCACACGUCGCCACACAGAGAAUCUUCAGAUUAGCCAGCAGUUCGUGGGUAUUCGUGGCAAAUGGAUACGUUCACAUUGCCAUGCGCUUCACAGAGUGUGGGGCCGGCAAAUCAAUUGAUUGGCCUGCUUAUCAACACGCUUCUUGCUUCGCAAUGUGCCCUAUCGCCACCUGAUAUGUGGCCAAAGGAUUAUGGACCGACGGCACUUGAGAAAGGAUUUGAGGAGUAUGACUUCAUUGUUGUGGGUGCUGGUUCAGCAGGAUCAGUAGUAGCUAGUCGUUUGAGUGAAAAUCCUAAUUGGAAAGUUUUGCUUCUCGAAGCUGGCGGGGAUCCUCCCAUAGAAUCCGAGAUUCCCAACCUCUUUUUCUCCAUGCAACAUUCGAAGUACGAUUGGGAUUUCCGCGCUGAAAAGUCCGAUAAGGCCAGUAAAUCCAUUAAAAAUGGUAGCUUCUGGCCACGCGGCAAAAUGUUGGGAGGCUCGAGCUCAAUUAAUGCCAUGGUUUACAUUCGAGGCAAUAGUCGGGAUUACGAUCAGUGGGAGGCAAACGGGAAUACAGGAUGGGGAUGGAAGGAUGUUCUGGAAUAUUUCAAAAAGUCCGAAGGCAAUAAGGAUGAAUUAAUUUCCGAAAGUGAAGAAGGGAAAUUCCACGCAAGAGAAGGACCUCUGAAGGUUGAACUAUUUGCCAGUACAGAGCCACUCAAGUUUAUUAUAACAGGAGCUGCUGAUGAAGUUGGAUAUGAAAAUCUGGAUGAUGUGAAUGGUGAAAACUACAUUGGAUUUGCUCAAAUUCAAGGAACUAUUCACAACGGGCGUCGCCACAGUGCAGCUAAAGCUUUCUUGAACCCAGUAAAGGAACGUCCGAAUUUGCACAUCGUUAAGCUGGCUCAUGUCAUCGAUCUCCAGAUGGACAAGGAUACAGUAACUGGAGUUAAAGUGAACAUCAACGGAACGAAAGAAUUAAUUGCAAAGGCAAAGAAGGAAGUUGUCUUGUCAGCUGGAGCCAUUAAUACACCACAAAUCUUGAUGCUUUCGGGUAUUGGACCAGAGAAGCAUUUGAAGAAAAUGAAGAUCCCUGUUGUCAAGAAUUUAGCAGUAGGAAGAAACCUUCAGGAUCAUCCAAUUGUUCCACUAUUCUUCGGUUUCCACAAAUCUGAUGCUCUCUCAGUUAGUAGGGAAGAAAUCAACGAUGCCAUGUAUAUGUACCUGAUCCACAACAUCGGAAUGCUCACAAAUCACGGCACAAUCGAUACAAUGGGAUUUGUCAAUACUAAGAAUGACAGUGUAUUCCCAGAUAUUCAGUACCAUCAUUUCUCAUUCAAGAAGUUAGCUCCUGAAUUAUUCUUUGUUCUAUCAACUAUCUCCUUUGAGCAACCAAUAGUUGAGACUGUGAUCAAGGAGAACAAGGAUCAGGACGUUAUUAUGGUACUCGUUACUCUACUGAAUCCAGUUUCAAGAGGAAAGAUUGUCUUGAGAAGCAAUGAACCUGAGCACAAACCGAAAAUUUAUUCAGGCUACUUGGAAGAAAAGGCCGACGUUGAUACAUUCAUCAGGGGAAUUAAGAUCUACUAUGACAAAUUCCUACCUACUGAAGCUUUCAAGGCAAAUGAAGCCAAAUUCAUUCGAGUUCCUAUUCCCGAAUGCGAUAAACUUGAAUUUGAGAGUGAAGAAUACUGGGAGUGUUACACCAGAAACUUGGUUACAACUCUCUACCAUCCAGCUGGAACAGCCAAAAUGGGACCAGAUACUGACAAGGAUGCUGUUGUAGAUCCUAGAUUGAAGGUGAAGGGUAUUAAGGGUCUUCGUGUGGCUGAUGCCAGUAUCAUGCCAGAAGUUGUAUCUGGAAAUACUAAUGCUCCCACAAUUAUGAUCGGUGAGAAGGCAUCAGAUAUGAUUAAGGAGGAUUGGCAGGAGAAACACGAAGAAUUGUAAAGUGUUAGAAUCAUUAUAUGCGAAAUAAAUGUCUUUUUAACACGUU